UUGUAAUGCUCACAAUGUUGAAAUUGCACAAACCUCACAAUCUCACAUGGUACAUGCUCAGGAAAUCAUGAAAUCAUCCAUGAUUUUCGGAGUGACCAAGAAAUCAUGCAUCCAGUGGCUCCGAAACUGCAAAUCCAUGGCCCAGCUCAAACAAAUCCAGACGCAGAUGUUCGGGUUCGGGCUCCACCAAAACAAGGACACCCUCAACAAGCUGAUGGUCUUCUGCACAGACGCAUCUCUUGGGAACUUGCACUACGCGGAGAAAAUCUUCAAUUACAUCCAAGAACCGGGCGUGUUCAUAUACAACGUGUUGAUCAAAGCAUUUGCAAAGAAGGGUAGCUUUAGAAAAGCCCUUUGGCUCUUUGGGCAAUUGAGAAAGGAUGGCCUUUGGCCCGAUAACUUUACGUACCCGUUUGUUUUCAAGGCGAUAGGGUGCUUAGGAGAGGCUUGGGAGGGCGCUAAGGUUCAUGGGUUUGUUGUGAAGACUGGGCUUGAGUUUGACACUUAUGUUUGUAACUCACUCAUAGACAUGUAUGCUGAACUGGGCAAGGUUGAGAAUUUCCAGCAGUUGUUCGAUGAAAUGCCUGAGAGAGACACGGUGUCUUGGAAUGUUAUGAUUUCGGGGUAUGUUAGGUGUAGGAGGUUUGAGGAUGCUGUGAAUGUCUUUCAACGAAUGCGAAGAGAGGGCAAUGAGAAGCCUGAUGAAGCCACAGUUGUAAGCACUCUAUCAGCUUGUGCAGCAUUGAAAAAUUUGGAGCUUGGUAAGGAAAUUCACAGUUCUGUUGGAAACGAGCUUGAAGCUACUAUUAUAAUUAGCAAUGCGCUGUUAGACAUGUAUGCCAAGUGUGGGUGUUUGAGUGUAGCUCGGCAAAUUUUUGAUGAGAUGCCAAAGAAAAAUGUGAUUUGUUGGACUAGUAUGGUGUCUGGGUAUGUAAACUGUGGUCAGCUGGAUGAAGCUAGAGAGUUGUUUGAGAGGAGUCCAGUUCGGGAUAUAAUCCUUUGGACAGCUAUGAUCAAUGGGUAUGUGCAGUUUAACCGUUUUGAUGAAGCUGUGGCGUUAUUUCGAGAGAUGCAAAUUAGAAGGGUUAAACCAGACAAAUUCAUUCUUGUUGCUCUCCUAACUGGAUGUGCUCAAUUGGGAGCUCUAGAGCAAGGAAAAUGGAUUCAUGGAUACAUAGAUGAGAAUAGAAUUAAGGUGGAUGCAAUUGUCGGCACAGCUCUUAUAGAAAUGUAUGCAAAAUGUGGGCACGUUGAGAAAUCUUUGGAAGUUUUCUAUGACCUAAAGGAAAAAGAUAUAGCUUCUUGGACUUCAAUUAUUUAUGGGCUUGCCAUGAAUGGCAAGACAAGCAAAGCACUUGAAUUGUUCUCAGAAAUGAAACAAGCUGGAGCUAAACCCGAUGAUAUCGCAUUUAUUGGUGUUUUAAGUGCUUGUAAUCAUGGAGGAUUGAUUGAGGAAGGCCGCCAUUUGUUUAAUUCCAUGACCAAGGAGUAUAAGAUUGAGCCAAAACUAGAACAUUAUGGGUGCCUGAUUGAUCUUCUUGGUCGAGCUGGAAAGUUGGACGAAGCAGAGGAAUUGAUAGAAGAAGUCCCUAAAGAAAAUAGUGAGAUAAUAGUUCCACUCUAUGGGUCUUUGCUUAGUGCUUGCAGAGUCCAUGGCAACGUUGAGAUGGGUGAAAGGGUGGCUGAAUGGCUAGAAAAAAUUGAGUCAAGUGAUUCUAGUAGUCAUACACUUCUUGCCAAUAUCUAUGCCUCUUCAGACAGAUGGGAAGAUGUAAUGAAAGUGAGAAGGAAAAUGAAAGAUCUUGGAGUCAAAAAGGUUCCUGGGUGUAGUUCAAUUGAGGUUAAUGGAAGUCCAGAAAUGAGAGAAAUAUAUUCCAUGUUGGAUAGAGUGGCAAGACCCUUGUUGGGCUCAGAAGAAAGGGAAAUGGAAAGAGAAAUUCUGCUUCCAACUUAUUGGUGAUGAACCAAGCUGCAUUUCGGGAAUGUUUCCAAUCACAAUUGUACGCUGAGAAAAGUUAUGACAAUUUGCAUGCAGAUUAUAUAUUGUGCAGCCAGACUUCCAUGAUCACUUUUCUCAGGUGAGAGAGGGGUGAAGUAGCUAGUCAAAGACCCAGUUUCUGGAGAAGCUAAAGAGGCGACCCGUUCUGCUUUAAUUGUCUUAAAACAUUGGUUUUUCCUAAGGUGUAGGUACUAUUAGAGGGAUGUGGACCAUGUGGUUCCCCCUAUACAAUUAAUAUUAACUCUUUUUGAGA